AUGGUUAACUACGGAAUAUCAUUGGUUUUAAAUGACCCUCAACCAGAUAUUUUGCUAAAUGACGUACGAGACUUUGCCAUAUAUAAUAGCAUUGUGGGAGCAAUUAUAGUUGUGGGUUCAUAUAUAGCUACAGUGCUUAUGAAUAUAUCUGCUUAUAACCAGGUAUACAAGAUUCGUCAGGAGUAUUUAAAAGCUGCUUUAAAUCAAGACUUCGAGUACUUCGAUACACAUCAAACUGGAGAUUUUGCUAGCAAAGUGACGAGCGAUGUCAUAAAACUAGAAGACGGUAUAGGAGAAAAGCUGGCUACCUUCGUAUAUUAUCAAGUGACAUUUUUAAGUUCUGUUAUAAUGGCUCUUGUGAAAGGCUGGAAACUUUGUCUUCUAUGUUUAAUUUCGUUUCCUAUUACCUUAGUUUUAAUAGGAAUUGCGGGCUUUAUGGCAUCAAGAUUAUCUUACAAAGAAGCCGUUGCUUCUGCAAAAGCUGGAUCUGUCGCUGAGGAAGUAUUAUCAUCGAUAAGAACAGUAUUUGCUUUCAGUGGACAAAAGAAGGAAAUUGAUAGAUAUGAAAAACACCUGAUUGAAGCUAGGGGUAUCAAUAUUAAAAAAGGUAUUUUUAACGGAAUUAUAAUGGGCUUCAUUUAUUUCUGCUUAUUCGGUGCUUACUCUCUCUGCUAUUGGUUUGGAUAUAAACUAAUAGUUGAUGAACCAGAAACAUACAACGUGGACACAAUGAUGGCUGUAUUAUUUGGUGUUUUGAUGGGAUCAACUAAUUUCGGCAUAUCUUCUACUCUCAUGGACGCUUUUGGAGUGGCACGCGGAGCGGGAGCACAGAUCUUUAACUUAAUUGACAACGUUCCAAAAAUUAAUCCAUUACUCAAUCGUGGAAUCACUCCCAAAAGUAUAGACGGAGAUAUUGAAUUACAAAACGUAUUCUUUCAUUAUCCUUCAAGACCAGAUGUGCCAAUAUUAAAAGGUAUUAAUCUCAGUGUCAAAAAAGGCCAAUCAGUGGCGUUAGUUGGACAUUCAGGCAGUGGCAAGUCCACUAUUAUCCAGCUGAUAUCAAGAAAUUACGAUGUAAUAGAUGGCAAUGUACUAGUCGAUGGGACGGACGUCAAAAAAUUAUCUGUUAGGUGGCUGAGAGCUCAAAUUGGCUUAGUUGGUCAGGAGCCAAUACUUUUUGAUACAACAGUUCGUGAAAACAUAAGAUACGGCCGUGAAGACGCUUCAGACCUGGAUAUUGAAGAAGCUGCAAGAGCAGCUAAUGCACACGGAUUUAUUAUGAAGCUUCCGUUAGGAUAUGAUACAUUAGUUGGAGAGCGUGGAGCGUCGUUGUCAGGAGGACAAAAACAGAGGGUUGCUAUAGCUCGAGCACUUGUACGAAACCCAAAAAUAUUAUUGCUAGAUGAAGCUACCAGCGCAUUAGAUACAUACUCGGAGGCAAAAGUGCAGAAGGCCCUGGACAAAGCCCAAGAAGGUCGUACAACUAUUGUGGUAGCGCAUAGACUAUCAACCAUAAGAAAUGUCGACAAAAUAUAUGUUUUUAAAGAGGGGAAUGUGAUAGAAAGUGGAAGUCAUGACGAACUUCUUGCUAAAAAAGGUCACUUUUACGAUAUGCUCAUGCUUCAAGCAGCUCCACAUUUAAACGAGACUGAUCAAGGCACACAAUUGGAACUUUCUGAAUCCCUUUCGAAUGAGAAAGAAGAAGAGCUUUUCGAAAUGAGAGACGAAGAUUGCGAAGAAAGUCAAGAAGAACCUGAGAUUUCAUUCUUCAAAGUACUUAAACUGAACUCACCGGAAUGGAAGUCCAUUACUGCGGCCAGCAUAUGUGCAAUCCUAAACGGUUUUGCGAUGCCACUGCUAGCAAUUGUAAUGGGAGACUUUAUGGGUGUGUUUAUGUAUGGUAUAGCAGGAGAACAUCUUACCGCCAGGUUGCGUAAACUAUUAUUCGUACACAUGCUCCAACAGGAGGUUGCUUUUUUUGAUGAUAAAAACAACUCAACUGGAGCUCUUUGCGCUCGGUUAUCAGGAGAUGCUGCGUCCGUUCAAGGGGCAACAGGUCAAAGAAUCGGAACAGUCUUACAGGCCAUUAGUACAUUUAGCGUCUCAUUAGGAAUAUCAUUAUAUUAUGAAUGGCGUUUAGGAUUAGUCGCUUUAUCAUUGGCACCUAUCAUGGCAGCUGUGAUGUUCAAACAAGGGAGAAUGAUAACAGCUCAAACUUUUGGGACAGCUAAAACAAUGGAAGAUAGUUCCAAGAUAGCCGUAGAAGCGGUGGCUAAUGUUCGAACAGUGGCAUCACUUGGUCGUGAGCAAAUAAUUCUCAAUAACUACGCAACUCGGCUUUUGCCAGCACUAGUGGAGGCGAAACGAACCGCACAUUGGAGAGGUAUAGUCUUUGGGCUCUCUAGAGGACUUUUUAACUUCGUGUACUCCAUUGCCAUGUUUUAUGGAGGCAAUCUAAUGGUGUAUCAGGGAGUGUCAUAUGAAAUAAUACUCAAGUCAGCUCAAACAUUAUUAAUGGGCUCCAGUUCCGCAGCUCAAGCAUUUGCUUUUGCUCCAAAUUUCCAAAAUGGUUUAAAAGCUGCUGCUCGAAUUAUUAUUACAUUAAGAAGGCAGUCAAAAAUCGUCGAUCCCGCUAAACCUGCUGUCAAAAACUUUAAAGGGGCAGGCGAAGCAAAUAUAAGAAAUGUACAAUUCACAUAUCCAACAAGACCUCUAAUACAAGUACUAAAAAAUUGUAGCCUACAAAUCGAAAAAGGACAAACUAUAGCUCUAGUCGGUUCAAGUGGAUGCGGCAAGAGUACCAUCAUACAACUGUUAGAAAGAUAUUACGAUCCCGACGUCGGCACAGUGGAUCAAAGAGGUAUUCCAAUACGAAAACUCAAAUUAGCAGAUGUGAGACAGUCGAUAGGCUUCGUACAACAAGAACCUAUUCUGUUUGAUCGUACCAUAGAAGAAAAUAUAGCCUACGGUGACAAUUCACGGCAACCUAGUAUGGAUGAAAUAAUUGAAGCAGCUAAACAAGCUAAUAUUCACAAAUUCAUUGUAUCUUUACCAAUGGGUUAUGAGACCAAUAUCGGUUCAAAGGGCACCCAGCUUUCUGGAGGACAAAAACAAAGGGUUGCCAUAGCAAGAGCUUUAAUAAGACGACCAAAGAUGUUACUGCUGGAUGAAGCUACUAGUGCUUUGGACACAGAAAGUGAAAAGGUGGUUCAAGAGGCCCUGGAAGCAGCUAAAGCGGGUCGUACGUGUGUUAUGAUCGCUCACCGACUGAGUACAGUUCGUGACGCUGACGUUAUAUGUGUACUCAAUAAUGGAAGUGUCGCAGAACGAGGAACACACGCAGAGCUACUAGAACUCAAAGGACUUUAUUAUAAUCUAUAUACGAAAGGAAGUGCAUGA